AUGGACGGUAACAGAGCUGUAAUCGGGAGAGUCGGUCUUCUCUUCAUUUGUGCGUUUUAUUCUGUUUCAGCAGGAACACACUCAAUGCAGUACUUCUACACUGGAGUAAGAGGAAUUAAUUUCCCAGAAUUCUCUACUGUCGGAAUGGUGAAUGGAGGCCAGUUUGUGUACUAUGACAGUAACAUCAGGAAGAUGAUCCCAAAACAGUGGGUAAAAAAGAAUGAGGAUCCAGAUUACUGGGAGGAAGAGACUCGGAUUGCGCAGGGUAUUGAGGAUGCCUUCAAAGUAAAUGUUGCUACACUGAUGGAGCGCUUCAACCAGACUGAAGGAGUUCACACAUGGCAGUGGAUGUACGGCUGUGAGCUUCAUGAUGAUGGAACCACUAGAGGAUACGAUCAGUACGGUUAUGAUGGAGAAGAUUUCAUCAGUCUGGAUCUGAAAACUGAAACCUGGACGGCAGCAAACGCUAAAGCUGUAAUUACCAAACACAAGUGGGAAGCUGCAGAUAAAGAUAUGAAUCUGGCUAGUCAUGACAAGAGAUACCUGGAGAACAUCUGUAUUGAUUGGUUGAGGAAGUACGUAUCGUACGGCAGAGAGACUCUGGAGAGGAAAGAUCGUCCUGAAGCCUCCGUGUUCCACAAGCACUUCCCUCAACCAGAGCUGGUGUGUCACGCUACAGGUUUCUUCCCCAGUGGACUGGUGAUGUUCUGGCAGAAGGACGGAGAGGAAGUGUACGAGGACGUGGAGAUCAGAGAGGCGGUUCCUAACCAGGAUGGAAGCUUCCAGAAGAGAGCCGUUCUGAGAGUCUUACCUGAGGAGCUGAAGGAACAUGAAUACACCUGUGUGGUUCAGCACAGCAGCCUGGAGAAGGACUUGAUGCUUAAAGCUCCAGGUUCUGUAGAUGUAGAUGUAGGUAGAGGAUCUCUUGGUAUCAUCGUUGGUGUAGUCGCGGUUGCUGUUCUUGCUCUGGUUGCUCUGAUUGCUGGAGUUGUGAUCUGGAAGAAGAAGAAUUCUGGUAAGAAGAUAAAACUACUGACAACUCCUCCACUGGUUCCUAAAGUUGUGAGUGCGCUGGUGCUGAGAGAGACGGAGGUGCAGAUGGAGGUGAAGGAAUUUAGGAAUGUUAAAUGGGAUUAUUGGUUUGGGGGUUCAGCGCUGUGUAAAUUCUGCUAG